GCGCAGUGAUUGGCUGGACCUGUGGAAGGCUGUGACACAUUGUAUCUGUGCCGGAUUCGCCCCGCAAUGCGGAGCAGCGGGUGUCACAGAGCGGGCACAGCGUGUCAGGCUGGCACCAUGGCAAGGUUUGCAUUGACCAUCGUCAGACAUGGGGAGACACGUUACAACAAAGAAAAAUUACUCCAAGGGCAAGGCAUAGACGAGCCUCUUUCUGAAACAGGGUUCAAGCAGGCGGACGCCGCUGGCCGAUUCCUGAGUCUUGUCAAAUUCACUCAUGUUUUCUCAAGUGACCUCAUUCGUGCUAAGCAAACGGCCUACACCAUCAUGAAGAAUAACCAGUAUAGUGAGGACAUUAACAUUACCUAUGACCCCAGGUUGCGGGAGAGGAAAUACGGCAUUGCAGAGGGACGGCCUCUUAGUGAGCUGAAAACCAUGGCAAAGAAAUCUGGGGAGCAGUGUCCUUCAUACACCCCUCCCGGCGGAGAGACCCUGGAACAGGUCAGAGCGCGUGCCAAAGAUUUCUUUGAAUUUCUCUGCCAUCUGGUAAUGGAUGAAACGACUUCCAGAGACCAGUCCGAGCUCGGUGCCGCGGGAAGAGAGCGGAUGACUGUGCUCAACCUGGCCCCAUUUACAAAUCACAAGAGUGAGACUCAGGCUGGCUUCCCCGACAGCAGCGAUGUCACGCUGGACGCUAACAUUCUGCUGGUGAGUCACGGAGCUUACAUGAGGAACUGGAUGAAGUACUUUGUAGAAGACCUGCAAUUCACUUUUCCGCCUGACCUGAAGAAGCUGCGAGAACUGUCCGUUAGCCCGAAUACUGGCAUAAGUCAUUUCAUUAUCAGUCUUAAGCCUGAAGAAGUCACUACACCCGACGUCUGUUGCAUUUGUAUUAAUCGCCACGAUCACUUGGCAGACAUGAAUGCGGACACCAGCCAUUAUGUGGUAUAAUGUGCACUGACCUCACUUAUCAGUGUGCCCGGCUGGCAGGGCAUGCUGGCAGUUGUAGUUUAACAACAGCUGGGAACCCAGGGCUUGCUUUACACCAUUGCCUAUUAUUUAUAUUUGAGGAAAGGAAUCGUGACUUUGACUUUUUUAGAUAUAAAAGAAAAUGACAUUUGACAGUAUGCAUGUCUCUCAGAUGAUGGGCUGCAUGUUUCUAAACUCUUAAACUGUUAUAUAGUCUAUGACGGUCUUUGGAGAAUCAGAGCAAAAUAAACAAAAACCUCAAAAACUGUUUUGAAGGACCACAUUUGGUCCACUGUCCAACUCCUAAAGACGGUCUGUUCCUCUGCAGCCAAUGUUGAAUGUCAUUAGUUUUAAUCCACGUGUCAAUCGGCGGUUUAAAACUGAAGCUCCUUAACAGUAGCGAGGACUAACAGACUGAUUGUCUCUAUGUUGAAUCCGUUGCACACUAUCCUUUCUGUAAAUGUCUAAAUAUGGCUGUAUGAAGGGUUUAGUCACCAUAUCCAUUCAAGUAUAACGACUACACGAUUAUUUUCUGUCUAUUUAUCUUUGUGUUUCUUCAUUUGCUGUUUUUGUUUUAUUUAUUUGUUUUUUGAUUUUGCAUGGAAGUGUUUGUUGAAACUGAAAUUGUAAAUAUUAUUCAAAAGGGCUAAUUUAAAUGUAUCAAUGUGGUGUGUAAAUGUAAAGUCAAACCAUUAGCCUGUUUUUAUGCCAUGUGUGUUCAGUUUGAUAAGUAUACCUCUUGUAUUCUUUCACUUCACCCCUUGGCCAAGAUUUAAUGUUACGUUCUAUAGUCAGUAACAACUUCCAUAGUAAAAGGGAGCAAAUAGCCUUGUGAGCUGUCCGUUGUAGUAACAAUGCAGAGACAUGUUGGCCCUCUAGUGGUCGUUAAUGGCUGAAUUCUAACUAGAAUAGAGAAUUGCUACUUAACUUUUAUUCUGGAGUUGAGAAAAUUCACAAUAAUUUCUUGAACUUUAGGUUACAUGAAAAAUCCGCCUGAACUCAGAGUGAGGUACAUAAUGGCUACGUUGUAUAUAGUUUUUAAACAUUUUCCAUCCAUGCAAAAUUAGAAUGUGAACAUGAUCAUAUUUGCUGGUCAAAUAAAAAUGAAACUGGUAAAAUACUACAAAAUGUAACCAUUUGUUUGAACAGGCAACACUUACCAGAGCCGGAUUAAGACCCCAUAGGGCCCUACGUGAGUUCGGGGCUCUCACCGUUCCUAUUCAUCCCCUCAAAAUUAAUUUUUCCAGACAAAUGAAACUAACCCACCCCACAAAUAAUUUAAACCACAGUGAAGUAUAAACAUGUGCUGGGUAAUGAUGCAGGAUUCACUGUGCAGUCCAUGACCAGAGUCUUUUACCUAUAUACACUCCCCUCUCCAGCAAUCAGCGCAACACAAUCAGCCAUAGAACAAACACAUUGUGUGCACCCUUGUACUGCACACACACAUCACUGCAGAUAUUCUGCAGAAAUAAUUCAAAGAUAAAAAAAAUAUAUAUACAUACUGUAUCAAACGCUGCAAACUCUGCGCCAUGUGGCCGCCUUAUGUACAAACGAGCACGCACAUUUAGUGACUACGACGUCAGACUCCACCCAGAUACAGACAUAGGGACUCCCAAUCCCUCCAAUGCAGAAAGUCGUGCAACAACGAAUAAUGCAUUAAGUGUAGCACAAUAUGUGUGGUACACAUUGCAUUCAUGCCACACAUGAGCAUUAUUAUCCAAAACCACUACACACACUAUGCUGGGAGGAUGACGUGCUCAAACUUCACCUUAUCACAAAAAAAAACAGCAAAAAGUUCUUAAAAAAACAAACACAGCCAAAUAAACACCAGAUUUCAGUAGGCUGUACCAUGUAAAUAGCUACACAUUUAUACAGGCUGUUCAAAAUACAGGAUGUUCAAAAAUUCAAGCAACCGUAUGGGGAAAAUAUUUAUUUCAAAGUAAUUUCUGAAAGUGGUCACCGUUCUGUGCGUCACACAAAUGGACACGGCUAAUCAUGCUCUUGAACACCCUUUGCAAUGUUUCCCGUAAAAUUGCAUCGACACCGUUCUGAAUGUUUGCUUGCAAUUCUGGAAUACUGUGAGGGUGAGUUGCGUAGGCAGCAUCCUUCAGGUACCUCCACAAGAAAAAGUCGAGGGGUGUUAAAUCCAGAGAUUACGCUGGCCACAACCCCCAUGAAAUCAGUCGUCCCUGUCCUGAAACUUGUCGUAUACCCUCUUGUUUUGUUUGGAGCAAACUGUUCCGUACUUUUCUGUUAAGGUCUCCUGUGUCCGGGCAUAACCGCCAGAGUAGAUGUACUGCGUGACCAUGAAUGCUGCUGAAACGUGUACCCCAUGGGUCCUUAGUUCCAAUAUUCAAUGUUCUUCACCACCUAGAAAACAAAACCAUUACGUGCUUUUUCCCAUACAGUUGCGUAACUUUUUGAACACCCUGUACUGCAGGAGGUGUCAAUAGUGUGUAUUGUGAGUUGGAAAAUAUGGUAAAAAAAAGAAAUAUAUGAAAACUCGUUUCUCUAAACUUUUUAUCCUCUAAUAAGUCACAUACAGCUGUGUACAUCUUUGUAUCCAACCUAGUAAAUACCUCACUGCUUCAAUUCAUUACGGUGGACUCUAUUCUUCCUCAGCAGUCAGCAAACGUUACACAGUCCCACCAGGCAUUGCCUCACUCUGAUGAGUCCCACCCAUGAGGCUGCUGCUAAUCUCCUCCAUGGGUCAGAAAAGCAUGUGUUGAGCUCCAGCAAGCAGAGCUCAGAACAUGCCUCUCUGGCCUUUUUUGUUCAGUCUCAUGGAUCUACUCCACUCUCAGCAAUGCAGUGCACUCAGUGUUCCCUGAUGCUCAGUCCCUACAUGUAGCUGACGGGUCUUAUUAACUAUUGAGACAGCUGGACUGUGUGGUGAUGUCCUGUGCCGCCUUGUCUGUAAUCUGUCUCUGACACAUACAAUUUAUUUUAACGAGUUAAAGAAAUGUGAUCACGUCUUACAGAAACGUGGUCAACAUAUGUGACAUUUUAGACUGUGCACGGGAGUUUGCAUGUCCAGGGCAGCCACUGCGGCCAAGCUGGACGAAACUGGCUGCUUUUACCAUAAACAUUUACUGGCCAAGUAUGACUGAAUUUCAAAACCGUUUGAAUUAUUGGAGCAUCUCUGAUUCUAAUGCUGCUCAGCAGUGAGAUGUCAUUUGAGCUUUUUUGCAAUUUAUUUUAAUAAAGAAAGGUACAUGGCAGUACUGUAACACUGACUUUACUUGAUAACCUUUAGGUUUAUAUACCAGACUAUAUAGUAUGGGAAAAACAGGUUUAAUUAAGUAUUUAUACCUGACUGUAACUUACAAGCAGGACAUAACCGUUCUAGGGACAGUGUUAAAUGAUUAUACCAUGAUUAACUAAUAUGUCAUAAAGCUGAUAAUUGUCCGAGAAA